UUGAUUUCCGCUAGACUCGUCAAAUGUUUUGUUACCGAUUAUGAGCAGCAGACGAUUCCUAAAAUAAAAUAUUUAUCUAUUGUUAAUUUUUUUGCAGCUGGUGGAGAAAGUCAGGGACGUAUUAUACAACGAUUUCCCACAAAAUCAUGGGAGGAUUACCCUUACGAGUUUCACUUAGAGGCUUUUUGUCAACCUUGCGGAUGGCAACUUGUUCCGAACCGGCUUCCGCCUACAUUUUUUGUGGCCAAUUUAACGGAUGUGGUCGGGAAUCCAUACUUCGCGGCCUGUUUGACUUUUCACGAGGCUGUCACACCGCAACAGUUGAAUGCGACCGAACGAAUUGCCCUGCUCAACAACAGACGAACCACAACUCAGAUCUCUCAUAUGGCCAACGGGAGCGUGCAUCACGUGCGUCUCGCACCGCCCAAAACCAGUCCAACCAGUAGCAGUUUGCACAGCUCAGAGAGUGUGGGCAGUUCCGAUAUGGGUCAUCUAUCUCAGCGCAGUCGGGCCAGCGCAACCGGUCUGCAUCAAUCGCAUUUGGAUCACGGUGAUCCGAAUCUGAUCCGGCCGGCCGAACUGUAUGCACCAAAAUGUCUGGUUCUAUUGGCUCGUCACAAUCACUUCGAUGUGCUCAAGGUGAGCUUAUGCUUUUCGAUCGUUAUAUACUGCUUCUUGGUGUUUAUCUUAAACAGACUAAUACGCACGAGGCAGUCGACUUGUUCGUACAUGCUCUUGCUGCUGUUGUUGUUGACAUCAUUCGCGCCGUUGAUUGCAAGUGCUUCUCUGUAG